GCUGUCUGGCUCUGUUUAAUGCACACAUUUCUGUGGGGAGAGCUGUAAUAUUCUUACCAGUUUUCCUGUCAUUUUGCAGUGGGUCCAAAGCUUUUCCAGUACGUUGUAAAGGUCCUUGUGCAGUCAGUGCAGUUGCUGUAUACACUGCUGAGGAUAGAUCAGCCCUCCUAUAUUCUUCUUCAGAAUCCCCCGGGCUUACCCAGUAUAGCUGUUGCCUGGGUGGCAGGUCUGUUCUGGAGGAGCAAACUGAUAAUUGAUUGGCACAACUAUGGAUACACCAUAAUGAGCCUGAGUCAUGGGAGGAACCACCCGCUAGUGCAGAUUGCAAAAUGGUAUGAAAAGCUUUUUGGGCGCUUGUCUGACUAUAACUUGUGUGUCACUGAUGCAAUGAAAGAAGAUCUCUGGAUGAAUUGCAACAUAAAGGCAGUAACUCUGUAUGACAGACCAGCUUCUUACUUUAAGGAAACACCGUUGGACCUCCGGCACCAUCUGUACAUGAAACUUGCCCAGGACUACGAGCCCUUCCGAGCACGUGCAGAGCCUGUGGAUCCCAGUGCUGAGAGAUCUGCCUUCACAGAGAGGGAUGGCAGGGAUGGACGUGUGGUGGAGCCCAGGGGCCGGCCAGCUCUUCUCAUCAGCAGCACCAGCUGGACAGAGGAUGAAGACUUCUCUGUCCUUUUAAAAGCUUUAGAAGACUACGAGAGGUUUGUUGAUGAGGGAGCCAAGCUUCCAGCUCUGGUGUGUGUGAUAACAGGUAAAGGACCUCUAAAAGACUACUACAAUGGACUGAUACAGAAACUGCACUUUAAACAUAUCCAGAUCUGUACACCGUGGCUGGAAGCUGAGGAUUACCCUCUUUUGCUUGGCUCAGCAGACCUGGGGGUGUGUCUCCAUAAAUCAUCCAGUGGUUUGGAUUUACCCAUGAAGGUGGUGGAUAUGUUUGGCUGCUGUUUACCUGUGUGUGCAAUAUAUUUUGAAUGUUUACAUGAACUUGUGAAACACAACGAAAAUGGUCUGAUAUUCAGGGACUCGAGUGAACUCGCAGAACAACUGAAGAUGCUUUUCUCGGAAUUUCCGGCCCUGGAAGGCAAACUCCACAGCUUCAGACAGAACCUCCGGGCGGCCCAGGAGCUGCGCUGGGACGAGAGCUGGGACCAGACUGUGCUGCCCUUGCUGGGGCACAGGGAAUGACUGGGGGAAGGAGGGUGGCAAAGCUGAUACAUUCCUGGACUGCAGAGAUUCGAUAAACAGUAAAGAAACCCUUUGUAUUGCCUACAGUUGCAGUUUUUAACUACUUCAUCUUGGAACACAUGUCUGCACACUCCUCUUCCUUUCCAAUUCAAGCUUCCUGUGCAAGAGCAGAGCUGAAGGUGCAGCUGGAGCCGUUUGCUGCGGGUCCACCUGUGCUGCUCAAAGGUCACUUUUUGGUGAAGAUACUUGAAUACAGAUAGAAACUAUUACCACUUUUACCUGCUGUACACUCAGCACCUUAGUAGGUGAUCUGGGUGUGGGUUUUUUGCGAAGUGGGAAAUGCCUUUUAUUUGAACUGUUUUAUUUCAACUGGUCAAAGGUUGGACUCGAUGAUCUUGGUCUUUUCCAAUCAAAAUUAUCCUGAAAUUUAACUGAGGGUACAUGGGGGUUUUGUUUACUCAACCAGUUAAUGUUGCCUAGUCUUCCCUAGACACACACUGAAUAUCCUCUUGUAGGAUUUUAUUGAGACAGACCCGUUUUGUUUCCAAGUUGUUUUCCUUUUCACAGUGUGUGCAGGAAUGUGGAAGUGCAGCUGCUGGGGUGUGACAGCUUUACUGGGUACUUAGAGGAAAACAGACCUUGCAGUGAGUGCUCCCCUUGCAGUCUGAAGUGAAUGUGCCCAUUCACCUUGAGAAAGAACAUCAAAUUCAUCUCUUUUUGAACAGAUGAAUAGAACAGGGAAAAAUAACCCCCAAAUAUACGUGUAAUGUAAUCAAAGGCACUUCACUUUGUGAGUGCUCACUCAGGUGCACCCUUCAGCUUUUUAUUGUUAAGAUCAGUAUAUGCAGACUGAAUGGUUCCAAGUUUUUUUCAUCACCUUUUUGGCUAUAAAAUAGAUGUCAGUCAUUUAAGGAGCAGAAGUGCUUGGUUUUAUCAUGUGGUUACUGCUCCUCAAAGCUCCCAGUUCAGGGGUGGGAGGUGGUGACAGUGGGUUCUGCACCAGCAUUUUUAAACCCUCUGACUGAGUAAUCAUCGAAAAUCUGCUUUUUUCAGAAGGAAGAAGGUGAAAAUAAAAGAGUCAAGUUGCUUUACUGCAGGAGUUUGGCAAAACCUCCAGCUUCUUGACUGAAGGAUGGUUCAUAAAGAUUUAUUUGCCAAUAUUUUAAUGUAUCUUUCCUACUGUUUUCAGUCAAAAUCCUGUCUGGGGGUUUUGCUGUUCCCCUUUAGCCAAUCCUGUGCAUGUGGAGAUAAAUUAGGUACUUCUCUAAUUAAACAGUAAUGCCAAAAGCUUCAGAGAGGUUUCAUCUUCCUAUAAUAAAAAUUGUAGAUGU